AGUUAACUAAAUAGGAUGAUUUUCUGCGCGAGUGGGGCAAAAAGUCUUGCGAUCGAUAACUAUUUAACAUAAAAGAGCUCCUUAGCUAGUGAUAUCAACAUCAACAUCUGCUGCCCUUCACCACCAAAACACAGCUUCUACACAGACGGGAAUUAGGCAGAAGGGAAGCUAGGCCGACAAUGAUGACUGUGAACUAGGAAGUGGUCCUUUACACUGAUAUCUGCCUUUUAUCCAUUGCAUUGCACUAUACUGCGGCGCGGCACACUAUCUCCCCUGAUCUGAAAGCGCGUCUUAUAUGAGCAGGACCUUGGGACUAGUAGAGAAAGAGGAGAAGACCUGGUCUAUCUUUUUAUCUAGUGAUGGCAUUUCUAUUUAACAGGAGCAGACAGCGGCAGCCCGCAGAGGUUGCAAGGACAACCAAAGACCUGCUGGUCAAGCUGCGGGAUGUCCCAGGAGAUGCAAAGGUUGAGGAAGACCUAGCUAAGCAGUUGGGCCACAUGAAGUUGAUAGUCCAGGGGACGCAAGAGGUCGAUACAUUACCCGACCAGGUACAGCAACUUGUCCACGCAUCAUUACAGGAAGACCUUCUCUACGAACUUGCGCGAUCUAUCCCUAAUCUACCGUUUGAAGCACGCAAGGACACCCAGACUAUAUUCUCGCAUAUCCUCCGUUUCAGACCUGACAUAUCGGCCGCGUCUUCAACCAUACCUAAUUCCGCGGGCGGUGGAGGUGCUGCUUCUGUUUCGUCUACAUCUGGUGACCCGCCCGUCAUUUCGUACGUCGUCCACAAGCGGCCCGAGAUCCUAACACAGCUAUGUCGAGGGUAUGAAAACAACAAAAGCGCAAUGCCAUGUGGCUCCAUUCUACGAGAAGCGCUGAAGUACGAGGUGGUGGCCGGUAUUAUCUUGUACGAUGAGUCUGGAGAGGGCGAAAGAGCAAUACGACUUAACGAGAUACAGCCAGGAAAGAAACAAAGUGGGGAGGGGCUAUUCUGGAGUUUUCUGGGCUGGAUCAACCAGAGUAGUUUUGAAGUAAGCGCAGAUGCGUUUACCACGUUUAGGGAUAUCUUGACUCGUCAUAAGGCACUGGUGGCCGGCUACCUAAGUGCCAACUUCGACCUGUUUUUCAGCAGAUACAACAACAUUUUGGUGCUGUCUGACUCGUACGUAACCAAGAGACAGAGCAUUAAGCUUUUGGGCGAGCUGCUGCUUGAUCGGGCCAACUACAAUGUCAUGACAGCGUACGUGGACAGUGGUGAUCACCUCAAACUAUGCAUGAACCUGCUUCGAGACGACCGCAAAAUGGUGCAAUAUGAGGGUUUCCACAUCUUCAAAGUAUUUGUGGCUAAUCCGAACAAAAGCGUGGCUGUCCAGCGGAUUCUAAUCAAUAAUCGAGAGAGACUGCUGAAAUUCCUUCCCAAGUUUCUGGAAGACCGGACAGACGAUGACCAGUUUACAGACGAAAAGAGCUUCCUAGUACGGCAGAUAGAAAACCUUCCUAGCCAAGCGCAGGCACAGUGA